GGGGCGGGCUCGGGCGGUUGGUUGGAGCGUCGCAGCAGUCGGAAGGUCCGGGAAAGUUUCUUUGGAGGUCUGGCCCGGAGCGGCCAUGUCCCACGGCCCCAAGCAGCCCGGCGCGGCCGCCGCGCCGGCGGGCGCCAAGGCUCCGGGCCCGCAUGGGGGCUUCCUGGUGGCAGUCAAGCAAGAGCGCGGUGAGGGUCCACGUGCUAGCGAGAAGGGGUCUCACGAGGAGGAGCCAGUGAAGAAGCGCGGCUGGCCCAAGGGCAAGAAGCGAAAGAAGAUUCUGCCAAAUGGGCCCAAGGCACCUGUCACAGGCUAUGUGCGCUUUCUGAACGAGCGACGUGAGCAGAUCCGUACACGCCACCCAGACCUGCCAUUUCCUGAGAUCACCAAGAUGCUGGGCGCCGAGUGGAGCAAGCUGCAGCCUUCAGAGAAGCAGCGCUACCUGGACGAGGCAGAGCGGGAGAAGCAGCAGUACAUGAAGGAGCUGCGUGCCUACCAACAGUCUGAAGCCUACAAGAUGUGCACGGAGAAGAUCCAGGAGAAGAAGAUUAAGAAAGAAGACUCUGGCUCUGGGCUCAUGAAUACCCUAUUGAAUGGACACAAGGGUGGGGACUGUGAUGGCUUCUCCACUUUCGAUGUUCCCAUCUUCACUGAAGAAUUCUUGGACCAAAACAAAGCGCGCGAGGCAGAGCUGCGGCGCCUGCGGAAAAUGAACGUGGCCUUCGAGGAGCAGAACGCGGUGCUGCAGAGGCACACUCAGAGCAUGAACAGCGCACGCGAGCGUCUGGAGCAGGAGCUGGCGCUGGAGGAGAGGAGGACGCUGGCGCUGCAGCAGCAACUUCAGGCGGUGCGCCAGGCACUCACCGCCAGCUUCGCCUCGCUGCCAGUGCCGGGCACUGGCGAGACGCCCACGCUCAGCACCCUGGAUUUCUACAUGGCCCGGCUGCACGGCGCCAUUGAGCGCGACCCCGCCCAGCACGAGAAGCUCAUCGUGCGCAUCAAGGAGAUCCUGGCCCAGGUCGCCAGUGAGCACCUGUGAGGGGGUGGCCAGCUCACAGAUUCGGAGAAGCAGCUCUGGGCGCCAAUGGCCUUUUCCCAGCUCCACCCAAAUGGAGUGGGGUCCGCCCUUUGGGACCAGGCCUGAUCCUGCACCUUGGGGGUUCGAGCCUCCCUAAAAUGAAAUUUCUACAGCAUCCCUUUGGUUUCCAACUUCCUCAGCACCCUGAACCCAGAGAAAGCACUAAACAUGGGCUGUAAACCCAGAACCCUGUGGCUGGGGGCCCAGGAAGACCAUACACCUCAGCACUUGGUAUCAGGCUGGUUCUCCCGGACCACCCCUGGGAGGAGGGCAGAUAAAACCCUCAUGCCUAGCUUGCUGCAAGAUCCCAGAGUUACUCACUGCAAGGAGGGCUAUGAGGUAAUGCCACACAGGCAGGGGACCCUCCAGAUCCUGCAUCCCAGAGUGAGGGGAGCUGGUAUUGCCGAUCCUGCCCUGGCUCAGCUGAGGGCACUUGGUGGAGGCAACCUCUUCCCAACUUUUCAAUCCAGACUUUUAAAAUAAAAGAAGUGUAAUUCAUGUUUCAA